AUGGCUGCGAGUAAAGCACUAUCAAGCUUACGUGUAACCAGUAUCUCACCUGUUCUUCAGAAAAUGCCACCAUCAGUCACAGUUUCAACCUUGCUGUCGCCAUCUGUAAGCACCCCAGCAUGCCAAGCUCAGAGUCAGAGUUCAAAGGUGAAAAUUGCCCCCAAACUAAUCCUGCCACGAUCUCAGUUUUUCACUCCACUUCUGACCAUUGCCCAACCUACAACUCCUGUUGCUGGCCCCUCUUUGAUUGGUCAGCCAAUGAUCUCGAUUCAUGCAGCAGAAGCAGUGCAAGCCAUUGGUAUUUCGGGAGUGACAGGAGCAGGACGGGAUGAAGUUGUCACCUCUGGGGUAGUCAUCACCCCACCUUCGACAUCCAUCCCACAGAUAUUUGCCUCCCAGCCAGAGAUGCUGUCGUCUACAACAGGGUUUCCAUUGGGCAUUCCAAGCCUUGUGUCAACACCACAAGGCAGCACUGUUGUGACACCAGGCACACCUGGGACUCCUGGCACCCCAGGCACCCCUGGUACCCCAACCUCUGACCCUCAAGCAUUGUGGAAGCUGAAGCUGAAAGGCAAACUUCUGAUGAAACGUUCCAUCAGCGAGCAACGCAUGAUGUCCCUUGAGGCAGAGAAACCAGCCUCGCCUGCCACACUUGGCCCAAAUUCUACAGCUGCUGCAACACCUACAACACCCUCUACAUCACAGUCCAUUUUGUUGGCAUCGUUAAACAAAGCCAUUUCUUCACCUUUCACGCUACUAACCAGCAGUGUGGCAGGAGUGCAUGGGCACCCCUCCUCUGCAACACCAAGCAGGGAAUCUCCACAAACAAACCAGCAAACACGGUCGAUUCCUCCUAGCAUUCAUGCCUCCCUUGGGGGCCUAAAACUGAGCAAAGCUGCUUCAACAAGCAGCACUGAAAAGUCUAGUGGCAGUUUUCAUGGAAACCCUUCUUUCUUCAGAACUCUCUCAGAACCUGUGACAAAGGACUCAGCCAUCAUCGCCAAUAUCCCUAAGCUUGAACUCCUCGCAGCUGUAAACAGAAGUUCUGGAGCUGCAGGCGUGCCCAAGGAUGAUGAGGAGGAUUCAUCAGCUGGCGACGAUUCUUGCAAGGCCAUUUCUUCUGCUGGCUUUGGCAACCUGGAAGAUGUUAUGCCCAUAGCAGAAGCACACCAGGCAGAGCCCAAUAUGCCAUCAACAGCAGAAAGCAGUGAUACAUUGGUUGUGCCAGCCUCAGUUCAGCCAGGAGCCACAUCAAUGUCUGUGCCAGUUGUUCUCGCACAGCCAGUCUUUGUCAACUCCCAGAUUCAGAGCAUAGCUUACAAGCCUAUCAUCAGUGUGAAUAUGUUGGCCCAAAGUCGCAGAUGGGCAGAGGGCAUCAACAAUGAAGCCAUGCAGCUAGGAACGGUGGUUAUCGCUGGCUCAAAGAUCACUUUACCUGCUAUUCCACUCUCUUGUCUCUUGAACUCUAGCUUCUUGCCUCCAUUUUCAUCCAUUCCAAGUGAAGGGACUUUAUUGCCAAACCAUGAGCAGAAAGAUCAUCCAUCCCCUUCCAUCUCACAAACUGUAGCUGCAUCCUUCAAUGAUACAUUUAGUGGAACAGACAAGCAGGAUGUUGAAAGUGAGGGAGUAGAUGAAAACUUAGAGGUUUUUGGAAAAGGCAAGGAUCAGCGGGACAUAUCCACAUUGUCCAGACAGAUGUCGCUUAAAGAGGUGCAGGAAGGGAAUGAGAAAAAUCUAACCACAUCACCAGCCUAUGUAUGUACAAGUCCGAGGGAGUAA